AUGGAUCUUCAUCCUGCUGCUCUGGGAACGAAACGGGACCAUCCCCCAAAGGACCGCGUCUCCCUGCAGGUCUCCCCCCACUGUGGCCCUGUCACCGAGGCGUCUGCAGCCGCCCAGCACACCUGCACGAAGCACCUCACCUUCCCCCUGCUGUCGGUCACCCUCCUGGUGUCCUUUGGCUCCUCCAUGCUCUAUGGCUACAACCUGGCCGUGGUGAACUCACCGGCAGUGCACAUAAAGGCUUUCUACAACACCACGUGGGCCCGGCGGUACGGGCACGGGCUGGCCCCCGGCCCCCUGACCCUCUUCUACUCCCUGACUGUCUCCAUCUUCGCCCUGGGUGGGCUGGUGGGCUCCUUGCUGGUGGGGCUGCUAGUGGUGCGGUACGGAAGGAAUGGCACGCUGAGCCGCAGCGCUCUCCUCAUCCUCCUGGCCGGCGGCUUCAUGGGCUUCAGCCGGGAGCUGGGGUCCCCCGAGAUGGUGAUCAUUGGCCGCUCCAUCACGGGGCUCCACUCAGGUAUCUGUCUCAGCGUGGUACCCCUCUACCUGGGAGAAAUUGCCCCCAAGAACCUGCGGGGUUUCCUGGGCCUCAUGCCCAGCAUCUUCAUCUGCCUGGGGGUCUUCUUUGCACAGGUCCUGGGCCUCCCAGAGCUGCUGGGCGAGGACAGGUUCUGGCCCCUUUUCCUAUCAGUGGUGGUCGUUCCCGCCUGCCUCCAGCUCUUGCUGCUGCACUGCUUCCCUGAGAGCCCGCGGUACCUGCUGAUAGAGAGGAACGAUGUCUGUGGGGCCACCAAGGCACUGCGCCAGUUCCUGGGGACGCCCGACGUGCAGGAUGUGAUCAAGGAGAUGAAGGAGGAGCAGCAGUCGCUCUCCUCCGUGGAGAUGGUCUCUGUCUGGCAGCUGCUGCGAGACCGCUCUGUCCGCUGGCAAACCCUCUCGGUGGUGGUGGUGAACGCUGGCAUGCAGCUCUCAGGGAUCGAUGCCAUCUGGUUUUACACCACCAUCAUCUUCGAGAACGCCGGGAUCCCUGUGUCCCAGAUCCCCUACACCACCGUGGGCACCGGCGCCAUCGAAGUUGUCAUGGGGCUGAUUGGGGUGAGUGAUGGACGGACAGACGGAUGCAGCCCCCUCAGUGUGAAGCCCUGUCCCAGGAACACUGGGUGUGAAGCUUGGGGCCGCUGCCCCGGCAGCAUCCCCCAGCCCCGUGUCCCCUUGCAGACCGCCCUGCCCUGGAUGCGCUACGUCGUUGUCGCCUGUGUGGUCGGCAUCAUCGCUGGCUUCUGCAUGGGACCAGCUGGCAUCCCCUUCCUGAUGACAGCUGAGCUCUUCACGCAGUCGCACCGCCCGGCCGCCUACAUUGUGGGGGGGUCCCUCAACUGGCUCUGCAACUUCACCGUCGGCUUCAUCUUCCCCUUCUUGCAGAUGUCAGCCGGUGCCUUUUGCUACCUGGUUUUCUGCGGCAUCUGCCUGCUGGUGGCCUUGUACGUCUACCUCGUCAUCCCCGAGACCAAGAACAAAACCUUCAUGGAGAUCAGCCACAUCUUUGCCCCCCGCCGCUCCUUCCUCUCCAUCCCAGCCCACCUCAUCGGGAUGAUGAAGCUCGAUGGCUAUGGGGCCUUGGAGAGCAGGUCCCUGGAGGGCUCGGGCUCCAGCCUGCCCAGACCUGCCCCCCGCCUCCCACUAUGGGACCCCCGCCCUGAGUGGGCUGUGGGGGAUGGGGUGGCGGAGGAGGCUCUCGGUGCUGGGGAGGGAAGUGAGGGCCAGUUUGCUCGGACUCCAUCAGCUCUGUGUCUCCCAGGGCAUCUCACCGUACUGCAGCCUGUGGCCAGAAUGAGCUCCGAUGACGGGCCAGGGCUGCACUGA